AUGCCGCGCAUGCUGCGUCCUGGCACCGAGGAGUCCUUUGGAAGGAACAUUUGCGCUUUGAUUUGCGCCGCCGUGGUCGCUGGAUCCCUUGGAUACGUCUCCUUGGAAGACCAACUUCUGGAUGCGGCUACAGUCAGUGGUUCCGGACGCAGGACUUGUAGACUGUACUGUCGGGUUGGCAUUGGUUUUCAUCUUCAGAUACACACCGACGGACGAGUUAACGGCAGUCAUCAACCCAAUCGGUUAAGUGUCCUGGAGCUCUUUGCUGUAUCUCAGGGCGUCAUCGGUAUCCGAGGAGUCUACAGUAACAAAUUCCUGUCCAUGAACAAGAGAGGAAGGCUUCACGCCGUGGAGCGGUUCACGGACGACUGUAGAUUCCGGGAGCGUUUCCAAGAGAACAGUUACAACACUUACGCCUCGGUGUUGCACCGGAACCACCGGACGGGACGGGACUGGUAUGUGGCCCUCAACAAAAGAGGCAAAGCCAAGAUGGGCUCCAGCCCCAGGGUCAAAUCACAGCACGUCGCCACACACUUCCUCCCCAGGCUCAACCUGCAUGACCUGCAGAGCGAACGAGGCUUCACCAUCACCGACAGGAGCAAAGAGAGAAGGAAAAGCCUACCGGUGGCACCUAAACCUCCCUCGCAGCCAAAGAUGAACCUUAAUACAGGAACAGGGAAGAGGGUGCAGACUGUCAAGUACUGGCCGAAGUUUCGGUUUGGAUAG